UGUCUGUUGCCUAACGGAACUGGUUGCGUUUCGUAUUACAGAUAUGACGUGUCUGUUUUUUUUAACUGUACAUGGACUUCCUCUCUUCCCUUUCAGUUCAGGCGUGGGGCAGUUUUGCACAAAUGUCGGAAAAGAAAUGUGAGGAUGGAGCUCAAAAACGCAAAAAACAAGAGGAGUAUGAGAAGGACUCAUCGCCAUCGAGAAAAAACCCCAAAAUAACAAAUUAUUUCAGACCUGUAACGCGCGAGGUGAGGACGACCGAAAACUUUACAGCAGAGGAAGAAGCGGAGCGGGAGAGUCGACCAUCGACGUCGACGAGGACUCCUACAUAUACAGCUGUAACUCAGAGGGAAACUGGAAACAGGACAGUCAGCGCUCAGAGUGGAGGCAUCGUCAACACACCUCAGUUAACUGAUGUUGAUGUGAAAGGGAAUCUAACUGUCAGUGUCAACAACACAUAUGUCCAUUCUGCUCCCAGGACAGAUGAGACUGAUGUUAAUUCCAAAACCAAAGAAAGAACAAUCCAAAAGUGCCAAGCUGACCUAAAAUCUUACCUUCUAAAUCAAACAAAGAAUCUGUUUCAAGGAACAAGGGAGAAUGGAUCAUCGACUCCAUUAAAGGACACCUAUACGGAGCUUUACAUCACAAAAGGAAGCAGUGGGGAGGUUAAUAAUGAACAUGAAGUGACUGAAUUAGAAUGUAAAAGGUCUACAAGAGAGGAGAAGAAAAUCCACCUCAAUAACAUUUUUGAACCUUUACCAAAGGAAAAGAUCCGUCCCCAGAGAGUCCUGACAAACGGAAUCGCUGGAAUUGGAAAAACUGUUGCUGUGCAGAAAUUCACUCAUGACUGGGCAGAAGGAACAGCCAAUCAGAACAUCCAGUUCGUAUUUCCAUUCACAUUCAGAGACUUGAAUUCAAUGAAAGACGAAUGUUUUAGUCUUAUGGACUUAAUAGGUAACUAUUUUAAAGAAGUGAAGGAUUUGGAAACAUCAGACUAUGAUAAUUGUAGUUUUCUGUUCAUCUUUGACGGCCUGGACGAAAGCCAAUUUCCUCUGGACAAAAGUCAAAUGUGUCGCUGUGUCACAAAGACCACAACAGUUGAUACCCUGCUGACCAAUUUAAUUAAAGGAACGCUGCUGCACAAAGCCCUGGUCUGGAUCACGAGUAGACCUGCUGCAGCAAGUAAGAUUCCUCCAGAGUUUAUCAACAGAGUGACCGAGGUACGAGGCUUUAAUGAUGAGCAGAAGGAGGAGUACUUUCAAAAGGCGAUUGGUUACGAGAUUGUGGCUCAGAGGAUCUUCAGUCAUCUUCGAUUAAAGCUGUUGAGAAGUCUGUACAUCAUGUGCCACAUCCCAUUGUUCUGCUGGAUUUCAGCCACAGUUCUCCAGAGUCUCCUCACAGAUACUCCUGAAAAUGAGUUGCCAAAGACUUUGACUGAAAUGUACACACACUUCCUGAUCAUCGAGACAAAGAGGAAACAACAGAAGGAUUAUGAGAAAGGUGAAACAGACAAAGAUCUGAUCAUGAAGUUGGGAAAGCUGGCAUUUGAACAGCUAAAGAAGCGCAACAUGAUCUUCGAUGAAAACGACCUGAAAGGUUGUGAAAUUGAUCUGAAACAAGCUGCAGUUCAUUCAGGAGUUUGUACACAGAUCAUAAGAAAGGAAUAUGGUCUUCACAGACAGGAGUGUUACUCUUUCAUACAUUUAAGUGUUCAGGAGUUUCUUGCAGCUCUGUAUGUAUUAGAGACCUUCAUAGAUAGUCGAAAAAAUUUGCUUCACAUCCAGACAAGGGUAAAAGUGGCAUCAGAGAAAGGAGAGAUUCCUAUCAUCCCCCUCCACAAGAGUGCAGUCGAAGUGGCUUUGGUCAGCAAGUAUGGACAAUGGGACUUGUUUCUGCGCUUCCUGUUUGGUCUGUCACAGGAUAAAAAUCAGAAGCUUCUUCAGAAAAUAUUUGGAUUUGAAGAAAGACGUCUGCAGAGCAACCAGGAAAUAAUCAAGUACAUUCACAGUGAAAUCAAGAAACUGCCCAACAGUUAUCAGAGUAUCAAUCUGUUCCACUGUUUAAAUGAGUUGGGUGACCAGACUCUGGUAGAGCAAGUCCAAACAUACCAGAGCUCAGGAGAUGUCAGUAAAAUCUCACCUGCACAUUGGUCAGCUCUGGCUUUUGUUCUGCUUGUUUCUGGUGAAAACCUGGAUGUCUUUGACCUGAAGAAGUACCACAAAUCGAAUGAAGUUCUGGAGAGGCUGGUACCAGUGCUCAAAGCAGCAAAGAAAGCUGUGUUGAGUGACUGUAACCUCAGUGAUGAAUGCUGCUGGCACAUUUCAUCAGUUCUCAGCUUGAAGUCUUCUGGUCUGGAGGAGUUAGACCUGAGUGGAAAUAAACUGCAGGACUCUGGAGUGCAGCUGCUCUCUGAAGGCCUGAAAAGUUCAAACUGCAAACUCCAGAGACUCAGGCUGAUCAGCUGUGACCUGUCGGACGAAAGCUGUCAAGCUCUGUCCUCAGUCCUCAGCUCCCAGUCCUCUACUCUGAAAGAGCUGGACCUGAGUAACAACGACCUGAAGGAUUCAGGACUGGAGCUGAUCUCUCCUGGACUGGAGAGUCCACACUGUACCCUGGAAACUCUCAGGUUGUCAGGCUGUCAGGUCACAGUCAAAGGCUGCUCCUCUCUGGUCUCAGCUCUGAGAUCCAACCCCUCCCAUCUGAAAGAGCUGGACCUGAGCUACAAUCAUCCAGGAGACUCAGGAGUGAAGCUGCUGUCUGCUGGACUGGAAAAUACACAAUGUGGACUGAAAACUCUCAGGUUGUCAGGUUGUCAGGUCACAGAGGAAGGCUGCUCCUCUCUGGCCUCAGCUCUGAGAUCCAACCCCUCCCAUCUGAAAGAGCUGGACCUGAGCUACAACCAUCCAGGAGACUUAGGAGUGAAGCUGCUAUCUGCUAAGUUGAAGGAUCAACAAUGUGGACUGGAAACUCUCAGACUGAUCGGCUGUAACCUCUCAGAGAGAAGCUGUGAAGCUCUGGCCUCAGUUCUCAGCUCCCAGUCCUCGACUCUGAUAGAAGUGGACCUGAGUAACAACAACCUGCAGGAUUCAGGAGUGAAGCUGAUCUGUCGUGAACUGAAGAGUCGUCACUGUACACUGAGGACUCUCAGGUUGUCAGGCUGUCAGGUCACAGUCAAAGGCUGCUCCUCUCUGGCCUCAGCUCUGAGAUCCAACCCCUCCCAUCUGAAAGAGCUGGACCUGAGCUACAACCAUCCAGGAGACUUAGGAGUGAAGCUGCUGUCUGCUUUAAAGGAGGAUCCACAAUGUGGACUGGAAACUCUCAGACUGAUCGGUUGUAACCUGUCAAAGAGAAGCUGUGAAGCUCUGUCCUCAGUUCUCAGCUCCCAGUCCUCCAGUCUGAGAGAUCUGGACCUGAGUAACAACGACCUGCAGGAUUCAGGAGUGAAGCUGAUCUCUCCUGGACUGGAGAGUCCUCAUUGCAAACUGAGGACUCUCAGGUUGUCAGGCUGUCUGAUCACAGAGGAAGGCUGCUCCUCUCUGGCCUCAGCUCUGAGAUCCAACCCCUCCCAUCUGAAAGAGCUGGACCUGAGCUACAACCAUCCAGGAGACUCAGGAGAGAAGCUGCUGAAGGACCCACAGUGUAGACUGGAAACUCUCAGGUUGGAACAUGGUGGAGAGCAGAGACUGAAACCUGGUGUGAGGAAGUAUUCCUGUGAACUGGAACUGGACACAAACACAGUGAACACAGACCUCGUGCUGUCUGACAAUAACAGGAAGGUGACAUCGGCGAUGGGGAAGCUGAAAUAUCCAGAGCAUCCAGACAGAUUUGACCGGUGGCCUCAGCUGCUGUGUAGAACUGGUCUGACUGGUCGCUGUUACUGGGAGGUGGAGUGGAGAGGAAGAGUUGAUAUAGCAGUGACUUACAGAGGAAUCAAAAGGAAAGGGAAGCUUUCUGACUGCAGGUUUGGAGAGACUCAUCAGUCCUGGAGUCUGAGUUGCUCUGAUGAGCUCUCUCAUUUUUAUGACGAUGUUCGUCACAAUAGUGACUUCAGUGUCAGUCACAAUAAGGAGAAAACACAGCUCCCACCUUUUUUCACUCCACCCUCCAUCCCUUCCUUCUCACCUUUCUCCUUUAACAGAGUAGGUGUGUAUGUGGACUGUCCUGUCGGUCGUCUGUCCUUCUACAGAGUCUCCUCUGACUCUCUGAUCCACCUCCACACCUUUAAAACCACAUUCACUGAACCUCUGUACCCUGGGUUCUGGGUUGGACCUUUUUCCACACUGUCUCUGCACUCACUGUGGCGUGAACAGAUAUUCCAUGUCUUUUAAAAAAAAUCUCAAGAGGCAACAAUCAGUUUGUUGAGAGCAGCUGAGGUGUUGUACCUGGUACUAAUUGUUCUGGCCCUGAGAGGAGUGUGCAGUGAAAUAUGGAAUCCAUGAUUUAUUAUUAUUAUUGUUAUUCCUGUCUGGUAGUCCUACAGAAUGUUCUCUAUUUCUUUUGCCUGGUAACUUGUAUUUUAUAAAUAAUUGUAAAAAAUGAGAUUUUUGGAAGGUUGUACAUUUUUGACAGAUACUAACUACAUUUACUUUUGGACAAUGUGAAUAUCAUCUCCUUACACUACAUGUGUUGUUUUUACAGUUGUUUUGCUCAUUUGCUCUUUUGAUUUUACUGUAUCAUGUACUUAUUCGACUGUCUUUCGUCUUUCUUUCUCACCAAAUCUACAAAGUUCAAACUGCCAGUUUGCUGAAUUAGAUCCUUUUCUUUUUCUUUUUAAUUUUGACCCAUUUUACAAAUCAAAAGAAAAAUGUACUGGUCAUGCUCGAGUAUGUGAGAGCUCUGUAAGACUCAUAAAGGAUCUUGAAUUUAAGACCAACAAUCACAGUGAAAGACGACACUGCUACUUGUCUGGAUUACUGCAAAAUACCAAAAACACAAAGGACAAAGACAGUGGGCUUUGAUCUGAAUCAAUCUCUGAACUAUUAUUUCAUUAUUAUGGUUUCACUCUGAAGGUGAAUUCUUCAGCAGGUUGUAAUUUGCUGAUGUGAACAGCAGAUGGUGCUGAAGCUCCUGUUCAGUUUCUCUAGAAAUAUUUAAACUGUCCUGACAAACCCUUUCCUAGAUGGAGGCUAGAUAACAGACAUACAGUAUUUACAGGUCUAAUACAAAGAGUUCUGUCCUUUACUGCAUUAUCUGUGAUUGAUGUUCAAUAAUUCUGAAAUCAUUAUCAAAUCAUCAAAUCAUUACUUUCAGUUACAUUUUACAGUUUCUGUACUUUUACAGGAGUAAAGAUCUUGGAGGCAGGGUAUCUAAUCAUAAUGACAACAGUGAAAUGUAACCAAGUACUUGUUCUUUGAGUAUUUCUAUUUUAUUAAAUGUCAGAUUUUAACAUCAAGAUUUCUGUAGAAUUUAACAUCAAAAACAUAUAAUAUCAUAAAAUACAACAUUAAUUUCAAAGAUUAAAUCUGUGUUUUUUUAGAUGUUACCAGACACAAAUAAACUGGAUCCAGUUGGGUCAGAUUGUCACA